GUUUGGCGAACGUGAGUCAAGUCAGCUGUAGUACUACUACUUGAGUGUUGGUGGUCAGGACAUGACAGUUGCAACCCACACUUUGGCAGAAUGGAAAUUCGAUGGUGAUUAGAGGCUAGAUCGACCAAACAAUAUCUUAAAUCAUACAGUGUAGACUAAUUAUUAUCACAGGACAUGAAAAUUCAAUUAUCGCCCAUAUUUUCCUCAUUCUUACUCAGCUGUUGAUGUCAACAUUUGUGGGAUUAUUCCAUUGUUACUCCAAAAUCAUUGAUUGGAGGAGUUACAAGUCAUUAUACUUAUUAUUGCAGCACAUUUUGUACUCAAAAAAGGAUAUGCAAUGUUCAAAAACACAUUUCAAAGCGGAUUCCUAUCUAUAUUGUACAGCAUCGGGAGCAAACCUCUGCAGAUUUGGGACAAGAAAGUGAGAAACGGACAUAUCAAAAGAAUCACUGAUAAUGAUAUUCAGAGUUUAGUACUCGAAAUACUUGGAAGUAAUGUCAGCACUACCUAUAUCACAUGUCCAGCUGAUCCUAGAAAGACACUUGGGAUCAAACUGCCUUUUCUGGUUAUGAUUAUCAAGAACCUCAAGAAAUAUUUCACCUUUGAAGUUCAGGUGAUUGAUGACAAAAACGUACGAAGAAGAUUUAGAGCGAGUAAUUAUCAAUCAACGACAAGGGUAAAGCCAUUUAUUUGCACAAUGCCAAUGAGGCUCGACGAUGGAUGGAAUCAGAUACAGUUCAAUCUCGCAGAUUUUACUAGACGAGCCUAUGGGACUAAUUAUGUUGAGACACUGAGAGUACAAAUUCACGCUAAUUGCAGAAUUCGUAGAGUAUACUUUUCGGACAGGCUCUACUCCGAGGACGAGUUGCCAGCUGAGUUUAAACUUUUCUUACCUAUUCAAAAUAAGGCUAAAUGUUAAAAAAUGAGCAAUAUACAGGUGUUUUAUACUUGAGGAAA